AAGCGCUGCUGCGGGUUGGCGAACUGACCAACAAGUGGUGCAUGUGUGCAUAUGUUCUCGUCUCAAAAGCACAAAAAGGCAUGCUUCUGCUAAGACUAUCUCUGGCACGACAUGUCAAGAAGUUUUUGAUAAGAUGACAAGUCGUUAUCCCUUCCAGUGACCACGCGUCGACUCCAUCAGGGAAUUAUUCUCUUCCUUUGCGAGCCAAUGGCAGUCAUAGCCUUUUUCCGGCACUGCAGUCUCAUGGCAUUCGCUCCAAAGUAUUGACUUAUGUAGAUGGUCGCUUUAAUUUCCCCAUGGCCAAUCGCGGUGAAGCUGAUGGAUUCUCAUUAUCGCUCGUCGUCGGAUGAGUUCGCGAGCUAUGAUAUGUAGUCUCUAGUUCCUAUUUCUUCCAAUCGGGCAGUGAUAAUUAUAGAUGUUGCCAAAGCUAAUUAACACCACUAGUCAGGUAUAAGCAUGGGUCAUAUUACGUGCAUGACCUCGUACCGCCUAUACACGGAUAAAUUGUGGUGGGAUGAAGGAAGACAAAUACUAUUUAUGCAUCGGCUCUGCAUGUCUUGGGUUCAUCAUAACGAAACUGAACUAUCUUAUUGUCCCAACUGAACAGCUUAUCGUCAAGAAUUGUCUGGUUGUUUUUUGGUGUAAUCUGCCCCUGCAUGGUUGCAUGCAACAUUGCUCAGACAAGAAUAAUCAAAAGCAACGCCGUGGCGCCAUGAGUAAGGGGCAUGAAAUGUAAAGUAGGCAGAACAACCCGGUAGUCUAGACCAUGUACAGGGAAUUGUUGUUGCACAACAGGGUUGACAUUAGAUCAGUCAAGAACCCC